CCAUUUUACCGCCAAUGUGUAUACACAACGUACGCGUUUUGUGUGAGGCGCCCGCAUCUCCGACUUCCUCGAGUGAUUUUCGAAUCUCGGAGCGACAUGUUCGUCGAACUUUAAUUCGAGUGUGCCCACGAGGUGCAUCCGCCACGCAUAUGUACAUCUUCGGCAGAAGGAGGCGGAUAUAUCGCGUGUAUGAUUCUCGGCAGAAGAUUUCACCGUCAAUAUGACGACUCAAGAUAGUCAGAACACGUUCAACGUAAAGGUGCAUUUCGUCGUGCCGGACCACUAUGAAUCCGAGAAUGAUUGCAGCGAGAAGAUGUGGCAGGCUUUUAAUAAAUGCGACGGACUUGGUUUGCAACCAAGAUGGGUUAACAAGACAUUCUGUGUUAAGAUGCAACCGACUAAAAAUGAUGUAUUUAUCAUAGAAGACUUUAAGGGAGAUCUAUUUGAAAAGCUAAGAAACUUCAGAUCCUCCAGGAUAGUAUCACCAAACUGCUUGCUUAUUUGUUUCGACAAUGAUGAACCUAUUCCAGAAGGAAACAGUCCGAUCUAUACGACAGCUAUGAGAGGAAUGUGCAUUUGCGCAUCAGGUUUGAGCCCAGAAAGCAAGGAUCAAAUACAACGAUAUGUUGAGUAUAUGGGAGGCUUUUUCACAAAACAAUUCAGAAAUUCUGUCACACAUUUGGUUACGGACUCGGUUAUGUCUAUAAAGUAUGAGGUUGCUAUAGAUAUGAAGAUACCAAUCAUGACGAAAGAUUGGGUGAAUGCCGUUUGGGACGCUAACUUGAAUGAAGUAGUGAAGGCAGACGACGAAGUCUUCAGUAAAUACAAAUGUCCGGUUUUUAUGAAUCUAGUAGUCACCUCGACGAAUCUGUCCAAGCAACAGAAAGAGGAGGUCAAACGUUUGAUACACGAUCAUGGUGGAACGUUCAUGGGUCCUCUCGAUGGAGCAAAGGUUCGAGUAGUCAUAGCUUCCGAGAACGGCCCGCUGAGCGACAAAUUGAAGUAUGCCAUGGACAACGGUAUCGCGUGCUUGAAAAUCGACUGGGUAUACAAGAGCAUCGAAAUAGGAUACGCUUUGCCUUUUCGUAAUUUUCUCAUCGAGUCUACGAAGGCAUGCUCGACACCGGAAAAACUACAUACUCGUGUAACGCUCAAUUGUUCCGACAUCAGCUCGAUACCGUACGAUAAGCAUCACAACAAUUACUUGAACGAAACUUCGUGUACGGCAAUAUCGAAUUUUUCUACCAUGGAGUUACCUAAUAAUUUCACUGGCACUGCUACUUCAACCGUUUUGGAUAGGCUAAGUUUUGGCAAGGCGAAAUUGGCUGGACCAUUUCUGGAUGGAUGUAAUAUUUAUCUCGCCGGAUUCGCAACGAGCGUCAGGGACAAGCUGAACAGAAUAUUAAACGUCGGCAGCGCGACGCGUCUCGACGACAUCUCGGACGCUGUGACACACGUGAUCGUCGGCGAUGAGAAUAAAGCAUCCGCGGAACUGAAAGUGAUGAAGUUAAGAGGCUUGUGUCCUUACGUAUUGAGCAUAGAAUGGCUAGAGGAAAGUAUGAAACUGAAACGCCCCGCACCGGAGGAGUGCUUCCUGUUUGAAACGAAGGGCGGUGCGCCGAAGAAGAGCAUUGAGACACCUGCUUCGCCGCUCAGUAAAAAGAACUUGCAAAUGUUGCAACCACCGAAGAAGCCUCCCGUACCAUCUUUUAAUUUGAAAAAAGACAUUCCACCUGACAAUGAAGAACGGCAACCUGAUCUUGUACGGCAAUACCUGCAAGAAACUACCGUUACAGAGAAUUCGUUCGCGGCACGCAACAGCACGGUACAAGAAUUCGCGAGGCCCCGCACGCCCGAAGGCAAAGAUCAAGAGAACCACAACAGUAUGACGAACGAAACAUGCCCUAAAAGCAUAAUUUCUGCAACCAUGCAAACCAAGGACCCGGGAAACAGCGAUAUUCUGUUGGUCGGUCAGGAUUGUAUGGUGGACAAGAAUCUAUUCCAAGGUCUGACGUUCGUCGUGACUGGCUUCGAUAACAACGAGGAUGGUAAUCCAGAGGACACGAUUGUGACAUUGAGCGGGCGCGUGGUCUCGAAUUCGUACACCGGUAUUCCGGACUACGGCGUCGUGCCCGUGCAAGGCGCGCCACUGAAGCACACGGUCAACGAGAUUGUCACUGACUUGUUUAUCGAAGAUUGCAUAAACCAGAAGGAAAUCGUCGGCAUCGAGUAUUAUCACAAGCCGUUAUCGAUCAGGAAACCUUGUCGGCCGCUGUCGGAAUGCGUCAUAACGAUGAGCAUGUACACGGGGAUGGAACGGAAGUACCUCUCGGCAUUGGGCACGGAACUCGGCGCUAUAUGCCAAGACAUAUUCUCACGGAAAGCGAACGCAGGGAAGAAUGUGUAUGGCAGCACGCAUCUGGUUUGCCCGACUCCGGAGGGAAACAAGUACAACGCGGCGGUGAGGUGGAAACUACCGGCCGUCACUGCCAACUGGCUGAAGGCUUGCGCGGAUCAGCUGACGCUGGUGGACGAAACGUCGUUCCUCGUCGGGGAAACGAGGGCGCCCGACAGGUCGACCGUCAGCUGUAUCAAUAUAGAGAUAAAUCCCUCGAAUGUUGACGAAAGUGAAAUGAACUCGGCAGACAAGACCACGAGGAACAUCAUCACGCCAAAACGGCAUUUGCCUCAAAUCAAGAGUCAGGAGAUAAUGUCCGGCGACACCCCGUUGAUAAACAAAAGACUCAGCCUCGUGAUGAAUAAGACGCCGCAGUCACCGUUUCAUGUCUCCACUCCGGAGACCCCAUAUGGACAGAUUUUCAAACCCGAUCCGUCGCCUGACACGAGAAAGGGCUGGGUCAAGUGGGUUGAGAAUUUCCCGGAUUUGCAGGUGACGGAACCGCCGUUGAAACGACGCGCACCCAGUACUCCGCUCUCGGAACUGAAGAGACAGUUGUGGGAGAAACUGAAGAACCCAGGUCAGUCUGAAAAGGAAAACGCAUCGGAUGAAGCGGCAGCGAAAUCGAACGACAAUUCUCUCGCGACAAGGACGGAAAAGAAACAAGACGACGACCGGUCUAGUAAAGACAGUCCGUCGACUCCUACGUUAAUCAACAGGAAGCUCGAAUUCAGUCAGGAAGGUACUCCGGUAUCGAAUGAUCCGAGUAAUGAGAUAAACAUGCAAAUAGCGCAGUUGGAUCAGGUGCUUCAACGGACGUCCAGCACCCCUGAGAGCAGGUACUCUCUGUCCGGUGAGAACGCGAAGAAGUACGACGACGAAACUUCCGACCACAUACAAAACUAUAUGGUAAAGGACUCGCAGCCUGUCGACGCCAUCGUGUGGGAGGAUCCGAGUCAUUCGAGACGAUCGAGGCUGAGCAAAGAAAGAAUCGAAGAGGACGAGGGCGAUAUCAGCGAAGUCCAGGAGCCCGUUGAACAAGACGUGUCGAUAGAAUACGAAUGCGAACCGUCGUCGAUACGAAAGUUCAUGCUGUCGGGUGUAAAAGACCGACACGUGUACGAGCGAGUAAUACAUGCACUUGGCGGAGAUGUAUCGAUGGAUGCGAACUUCGACAACAGUGCAACGCAUCUCCUCUGCAUCAGGCCGUCGCGAAACGAGAAGAUGCUCGGAAGCAUAGCGUCCGGGAAGUGGGUCCUGCACUGCUCGUAUCUACGCAACUCCGAACAAGCGGGCAGAUUCCUCGACGAGGAGGAGUACGAAUGGGGCAACCCGAGGAGCAAAGGUACAAUCCCGGAGCCGAACGGUGAGAUCGAGCAGGCGAUCGCGGCCGCUGCUUACAGGUGGAGGCUGAAAUUGUCCAUGAAAUCGGACGGUCCGUUCUCCGACAUGGUGGCUUUACUGCUGGUCUCCGAGGAGAAGUACGAUCAGUUUAAAAGACUGAUCGAAGCAGGCGGCGGUGUGGUCAUCCAAGCACGGCCGCCGUACGACGCGAGUCCGACCGGACGCAGGAUCACUCACUGUUUCGUGAACGUCAGGCAGGUGAAUCAGCCGAUAGAUUGGGCCAUGUUGGCCAACAAGGGCAUUCUCUGUUUCCUGCCGCAAUACCUGAGCGACUAUCUGACGGUGACGAUACCGUUGAAUCCGCGGGACUGUGUACUGCCGGAAUUCAAGAAAUACCUUGCGUUAUUGCCGAAGUAAAAUCCGAUUCGUCGAGGAUAUUCUUCUUGCUUCUCCUUCUUGCAUGGAUAGCCGCUCCUGUGGCAGGGACAGCGUCAUGUUUUC